AUGGGUGACGGAUUUAUCAUAGCAAUAGAUUUUGGGACAACAUUUAGUGGAUAUUCCUUUAAUAUCAGUGCUAGAGAGGAAGAAAGUGAGCCUUACUUGAAAAAAUGGGGAAAAGAGUAUGGAUUUGACACCCCAAAGACUCCAACCUGCAUUUUAUUUAAAGAAGAUAAAAAAUUUCUUAGUUUUGGCUAUGAAGCCCAAAUGAAAUACAAGGAAAUGAGGGGAGCAGAAGCAAAGAGACAUUAUUUGUUUGAAGACUUUAAGAUGGACCUCUACAGCAAAAAACUCAGCAGUAAUCUGAAGAUUAAAGAUGCCAGCGGGAAAUCUAUGAAGGCACUAAAGGUUUUCUCAGAGUCCCUGAGAUUCCUGAAGGAUGAUGCUCUGGCUACCAUCAUUGCCAACACAGGGGGGAGGAAGUUCAUUAUCUCUGACUUCAUCUGGGUCCUGACUGUUCCUGCUAUCUGGGAUCCUUCAGCCAAACAGUUCAUGAGAGAAGCUGCAAAACAGGCAGGUAUUGUAACAGAACAAGAUGAGGGGAAACUGAUUAUUGCUCUGGAGCCAGAAGCUGCUUCUAUCUGGUGUAAGAAGCUUCAACCAGAUGAUUUCUCAAAGAACCAGAGCAGAGAGUCACUGGAUCAGUCUCCAGGGACUCGGUACACUGUUGUGGACUGUGGAGGAGGAACUAUUGAUAUGACUGUUCAUGAAGUGCAGGAUGGAGGAGCCCUGAAAGAGCUGCACAAGGCCACUGGAAACAAUCUAGGAGGACAAACUGUGGACAGAAAAUUUAAACAAUUCCUGAAAGAAAUACUCCCUGAUGGAGUUUGGGAUGAAUUUGAACAAAACUUUCCAAGUUCAGCCCAGAGAAUCAUUUAUGAUUUUACUUGUCUCAAGCAAACAGAUAAAGAUAUUCAGCUCAGCUGCCCAUUCAUACUUGGAUCAUUGGCUAAAGAAAAGUCAGGAACAGAAAACUUCAUAAAGCCAGAACUUGGUGCUUCCUGGGAUGGUGAAUACAUCAAAAUCUCUCAAGACAAACUGGAGUCUUUCUUUGAAGAAAGUCUGGAGGGCAUCACCCAGAAUCUGAGGGAUAUCUUUAAACAUUGUCUAAACAUUGAUUACAUUCUGUUAGUUGGGGGAUACGCUCAGAGCGAAAUACUGCAGCAGCACAUUAUUGAUCAGUUUGGACAUCAGUGUAAGGUUCUGUGUCCUUUCAGAGCCCAGGAAGCGAUUGUGAGGGGAGCUGUAGAGUUUGGUAGAAACCCACAGGUUGUUAUUUCUCGUAAAAGUUCCUUUACUUAUGGAUUUGCUGUUUGUGAGAAGUUUGAUGAGAGGAAACACAAGGAAGAAAAGAAAUUUACAGCAGGAGGCGUGGAAUACAGUAGAGAUAUUUUUAGUAAAAUGGUGGAAGAAGGUGAGGAUGUUGGAUCAGAGGAAACCAGAGAGUUCCUUUGUUCUCCAGCUAAAGCAGAUCAGAGAAACAUGACAAUGAGAUUCUACAGCUCACUUCGAAAAGAUCUAGUGUAUGUAGAUGAUUGGGGAGUGGAUGAAGUUGGUUCAUUCACUGUAGAAAUCACUAGAGGGUGUAAAGUCAAACUGGAAAUAAAGUUUGGCUCAACAGAGAUAACAGCUACAGGAACCAACCUGAUUAGUGGAGAGAAGCAAACAGUCAAAAUAGACUUCACAACCACAGACAGAGAAUGUGUCGUUGAUGAGGCAGAAGAUGAAAACAGUAAUGGAUCUAGUAAUACUAUAUACUGCUAG